GAGAGAGAAAGGACCGCGUUGGAGCUGGGUUGGCGACCCACCAACCUGUCAAUUCUCUCUCUAGGGGUCGCGUGCUGUUUCUUCUUUCUGCGUCAUCGAUGGCAAUCGCGUUACAUAAUACCUUGAAAGAUUUCACAGCCCAUUCGCAGUCUUUAGAUAUAAGCCUACGGUAAGUAGGAGAAGCCCAACCACUUCCUUUGAUUUUUCAGACUAAAACUCUUAAUAAAGUUCCUGGUAAACUUCAAAUCGGAUCUGAACUGAGAGACCCAUUGAGUUAUGGCGUCUAUGAAGUCGUCUCGUUCAAGGGCACACUCCGGGACACCAGCGAGAGGCAACCCAAAGGAGAACACCACGAAGCUCGAGGAAAAUCUCAACGUCUUCAAGUCUGCUAAUUUCGAUGCCGAUGGCUAUGUACAGUCCAAGUCUCAUUCGUUGGACGAGAAGGAACUAAGGCAAUUGUGCACAAAUCUUUUGGAUUUGAAGAAAGUUUCUGCUGAGGAAAUGCGCAGAAGUGUUUAUGCUAACUAUAAAGCCUUCAUACGCACAUCAAAAGAGAUAUCAGACUUGGAGGGUGAGCUUUCAUCAAUCAAGAACCUGCUAUCUACUCAGGCAACUUUAAUUCAUGGUUUAGCAGGAGGAGUUCAAAUUGACUCCUCGUCUAUCACUGUUCCUGAUGGUCCCACGACCAAUGGAUUUUGUAAUGAUGAAGCUAGAGACCCUUCAGAACUAGAGAAAUGGUUAAUAGACUUUCCUGCUCUCCUUGACGUUUUGUUAGCUGAAAGGAGAGUGAAUGAAGCUUUGGAAACCCUUGAGGAAGGAGAACGUUUAGCUUCUGAAGCAAAAGAAUCGAAAACCUUGAGUCCUGUUGUGCUUUUGUCUCAAACUGCAAUUACUGGAUGUAGGCAAAAAUUAGCUAAUCAGCUUGCUGAAGUCGCUUGCCAACCUUCUACACGUGGUGUUGAGCUUCGCACAGCUAUUUCAGCUCUUAAAAGGCUUGGGGAUGGCCCUCGUGCUCAUACUUUACUACUUAAUGCACAUUUACUAAGAUUUCAGUACAACAUGCAAAGCCUUCGUCCAUCGGGCACCUCAUAUGGAGGGUCAUACACUGCUGCCCUCUCACAGCUGGUAUUUUCUGCUGUUGCUCUAGCAGCAAGUGAUUCUUUGGCUAUUUUUGGUAAGGAGCCAUCUUAUACAUCGGAGCUGGUGAUGUGGGCUACAAAGCAAACUGAGGCUUUUGCGCUUCUUGUUAAAAGACAUGCAUUAGCUUCAUCUGCAGCUGCUGGAGGUUUAAGGGCUGCUGCAGAAUGUGUUCAAAUUGCUUUAGGUCAUUGUUCAUUGUUGGAAGCUCGUGGUUUAGCACUUUGUCCUGUACUCAUGAAACUCUUUAGACCUAUCGUUGAACAAGCACUAGAGGCUAAUUUGAAGCGAAUUGAGGAGAGCACUGCUGCUCUGGCAGCGGCUGAUGAUUGGGAACUCACCUAUCCUCCAACUGUCUCACGCCAGUCUGGCAGGUCUUCCAGUACGGCUCUUGGAACUGCAAUACCAGCAUAUCACCACAAACUUUCAAGUAGUGCUCAUCAGUUCAAUCUAAUGGUCCAGGAUUUCUUCGAGGAUGUGGGACCACUCCUAAGUAUGCAGUUGGGAGGUAAAACAUUAGAAGGUUUGUACCAGGUGUUUAAUUCAUAUGUUAACAUGCUCAUGAAAGCAUUACCGGGUACCAUGGAAGAAGAAGUAAAUUUGGAAGCUCCCGGGAAUAGAAAUGUUCGAAUGGCCGAGACUGAAGCCCAGCAAAUUGCGUUGCUUGCAAAUGCAUCCUUAUUAGCAGAUGAGCUGUUACCACGUGCAGCUAUGAAGCUUGUACCAUUGAAUCAGGCUAAUUAUGAAGAUGAUACUCGUAGAAAACCUUCAGAGAGGCAAAACCGUCAUCCUGAGCAAAGGGAAUGGAAGAGACGUCUCCUGAGCUCAGUCGAAAGAUUAAAAGAUAGUUUUUGUCAGCAGCACGCACUAGAUAUUAUAUUUACUGAGGAUGGUGAGAGCCAUCUUUGUGCUGACAUGUACAUUGAUAUGGAUGGAAAUGUGGAUGAAAUAGAAUGGUUUCCCUCUCCAAUAUUCCAGGACCUGUAUGCAAAACUUAAUAGGAUUGCUACCAUAGCAGCAGAAAUGUUUGUUGGAAGGGAAAGGUUUGCUACAGCAUUAUUGAUGAGGCUUACUGAAACUGUUAUCGUAUGGCUUUCAGAAGACCAAAGUUUUUGGGAUGACAUCGAAGAAGGAACAAGGCCUUUAGGUCCUCUUGGCCUUCAACAGUUCUAUUUGGAUAUGAAGUUUGUCAUCUGCUUUGUCUCCCAAGGGCGUUACUUAUCUCGCAAUUUGCGUCGAGUCAUCAAUGAGAUCAUAUCUAAAGCAGUGUCCGCAUUUGCUGCAACAGGGAUGGAUCCAUAUAGCGAACUUCCGGAAGAUGACUGGUUUACUGACAUUUGCCAAGAAGCAAUGGAGAGGCUGAGUGGAGGGCAAAAAGUUGCCCAUGGGGACCGGGAUCUUUACAGCCCAACUGCUUCUGUCUCGGCACAAUCAAUAUCAUCCAUCAGAUCUCAUGGAAGUUCCUAAUGAGCUAAUGAUUCACCUUAUGUAAAGAGUAUUAGAUAGCAAACGAAACCUAUUAUUUGCAAGCAGUCCUUGUAUUCACAAGUAAGUCUUCCCUUAUUUUUUCCUAGUUUCAAUCAGAGUUUCCGCAUUAUUUUUGAUUAUUUUUUUUCCAAUUUGUCACUGUAAUUUCAUGUUUAUUUGGUCAUAAAGGUUAGGAAUUCUUUUGCCUUGUAGUUGAAGGAGGAUUUGAGUUUGUAUAUGUUGAUUCGAUAUUUUCUCAU